AUGGCAGAUUACUCAGAAGCAGACCUCGUGGAAACGUUUGACAAACUCGCCAGUGAGGGCGCCAUUGUAUACGGCCAUCACAAAAUUGUGUCAGUGGAGGAUGACGGCUAUCCGCUCGAGUUCCGCAUCUGCCCAGCACUAGCAACAAAACCACAUACAGUCGGCGCCACAAAUCAUGGCUUUAACAAGUCGCGGAAAUGGGGACCAGGCAGCGACAUGUUCUGCCCUGACGAGCGACUUAUCAUCACUCAGCUGAAUGAGACGCAUGACUUGGCGCUAAACCUGUUUUGUGUCGACCGACCACAACUCCUCAUGCUAACACUAGACUCGUACAAGCGUCAGCAUGAAGCCUUGGAUGCGGAUGACUUUGUCGUCAUGCUCCAGGUAUUGCGUCAAUUCCCAAGCAUGUAUGUCAUCUUCAACUGUGGUGAAAGGGGUGGCUGCAGCAGGGUGCACAAGCAUCUCCAAGGCUUAAAGGGGCCGCCGCAUGCUUUCGACUACCUCAUUUCAGCUGUCCACGAAAAAGAAAAGAAAGUCCCUUUUCGGUACCUUGUUCAUCACUUCGAAGAGGGGUUCAAGAAUACCUCAGCCUCAGCUGUUCUGUCGGUCUACACUGCACUCCUGACCCAGUGCCAGUCACCGCCCGAUGCGAAAGAAAAUACACCUCCACAUAAUGUCGCCAUGUGGGCGGACCACCUAAUCAUCAUUCCGCGUCGGAGUGGCAGCACAGAGGGUGCAAGUGCGAAUACGGGGGGUAUGCUGGGGAGUGUUUGGGUGACGAGUCAGGAACAAGUCGACGAAUGGCUCACAAUCGGUUGCGCAAACGUGCUCAGGGAACUGGGUGUGCCUUCUUAG